AUGGCCGACGACCGCGCCUCCGGGCGCUCGGACUCGGCAGCAGCCGACGGGUUGGGGCACAAUAAAGAUGCAAAUCUCAGAAAGGAUACCUUGCAUAGCAAGUUAUCCAUCUCAUCUCAAAGUAGUUCGAGGACUCCAAGGAGAGGAGAUGAGGGGGGCUCUCCACAGACCCUUGGCGUUUCUGCGCCUGAAAUGGCAACAGUAGAAGUAGCAACAUCCCGUUUGCCCGGGAGGUUCGAAGACUUAUCUCCUUCUUCCUCCCAUUUAGCAGAUGACCCAGCUGCUUUAUUUAUACUAGGCAAAAAGCAGUCGCCAGGGGUAGCCGAAGGAAAAACGCGAUCGCCUUCAUUGGGUUCGCGCCAGCUCGCUUCAACUGGUCCAGCUUUUGCUGCUGCUCCGGCCACGACCUUAGGCCCCACAGCGAAGAAGAGUCUGCUCUUCAAACGGCAGCUUGGACGAGGUGUCUCCCAGAGAGGGGGCCGGCUACGAGGAAUGAGCAGACAUGGCGGUGAUAAGGAUUCUGAAGAUGAGUCUCUACACAAGUUGGAUGUGUACGGCAUGGACGACCAGGGAUUCCGCGGAGCUGCCUCGGCACCUGAUACGUUGUUGCUUUCGGGAUCAAAAGUGUUCAUUAGAGACAAAGAGGCCACCAAGGGAAAGACACCCGACUUCAGGGGGCUGGUUACCAUGCAAGUGAUAGACCCCUCACUCCUAGGCAAGCCUCUUUUGCAGCGAGUGCAGCCAUUCCAAUUCGGUGGCAGCAGGGGAGGGGCCCGAGCUGCCCGUAUAGUGCAGAACGAGCUCCCCAACUUGAUGCACCUCAGCAGACACAGCGUAAUACCAGCAGAGGCCCAACUCGGAGAACAAGCAAAACAUCCAGAAGAGGCGAUAGAUAGCUUAAUGUAUCUGCCAUCUUGCGACGACACGGCGAUUAUUGAUUGUUUGCAGCAACGGUUCAACCGUGGCAAAUACUUUACUUCUUGUGACAACAUGCUGAUAUUUGUGAACCCUUGGGACUCACACGACUCGGCGAGCGACGACAUCUUUAACCGUAGCAAAGCCGUGCACUACUGGACAUCUCACGUAGCGGAGCUGCCGUCACAUCCCUACUUGGUGGCUCGCCGGGCAUUUAUUAACGCAAGAAAGCAGCACACAAACCAGCUUGUACUCACCUUCGGAGCCUUCGGAUCAGGACAAGACCGAGUUCACCACGAGCUAGUGAAGCUUUUCAUUCGUUUUGCCUUAAUUAUGGAGGACACGUGGACCGAUGAACAGGCGCUCGCCACUGAAGCCAAGAGAGACGCUGCAGUCUCGCUUUUGGAGUCCCUGCACAUUACGAACAAGGGCACACUUUUUGGGGGGCGACUUAUGGACCUUUUUCAAGUAGAGCUAGACUCCCAAGGAGACGUUGUGGGCUUCAGCUUCCUGCCCAACUCGUCUUAUGAGCCCAGCCAAGACAUUAUCUCAUGGCAGAUGCGCCAGUCUGUCGGUUCGCUCCCCUUGCCCAACAUAUUUUACCAUCUUAUGUAUGGCAUUCACUAUAACGCUGCUGACCCGCAGCUGAAGAACGCUGGCCUUCACCCCGUCGAUGUUAAGGCUUUGAUGCAUUACUUCCCCCCCCCUUUUGUUCUCUUUGAAGACGUGCACUACGAGAAGUGUCAGCAAAUCCUCGCCGACCUGUCCACCAUCGGCCUCUCUGACACCGAAAAGGCUGAGUUUUUGUUGCUGCUUAGCGCCAUUCUUGUAGCAGACGUCACGAGCUUCAAGAUACAGAACGAACUUCCCAAAGAGGAGGUUGAAGAAGAAAAGGAGGAGGAGCCUUCGGUGCCCGCAGCUCCGAGAGUGAGGCGAAUAACAAAGCAAAGCGGACAUACGGUUGAGCGUACUCUCAUGGUAGGCAAGAAGUCGGCGAUGACUUUGGCGGGUCUCGACAUUAUCAAUCUGGUCAGUGGUCACUUCAAAUUAACAAGCUGGUUAGUUGCUCCUGGAGCAACUGCACUAGAGUGCAAGGGCGAGUCCCCUGAAACUAUGAGUUGCCGUUUAACGCUGCUGAAGGCAGCAGGGUUAGACCUUCGACGUGUGAGCCCGGACUGGGCCUUUAACCAGCUGCUGCACAACUACACGGAAGAGUGUUUACUUCACAUAUUUGCAACUUGGGCGUUCACUCUUGAUCAAGCAACUUAUCUACUCGAGGAUGUAAAGCCGCCCCCAGCGAACUUUACCCUGAACGACGAAAUCCUCGAGGUUUUCACGGGCCCCGAAGGUGUAUGGCAAGUACUGAAGCACGAACACACAACAAGGGGUGGAGAAGCAGCUGAUGACUUGUCCGGCGGAGUACCGUUGGCUGCCAUUUCAUUCGUGAAUCGGAUCCUCAGGAGUAAAGGCAAAACGGACAAAAUAAGAAAAGUGCCAGGGUACAAGCCCCCACCACCUGAAAUUUUGAGGCCUAAGAUGGCCGUGAGGGUUGUGAAAGCCACUGGCCAUGCGGGCAAAGGAGCAGUAGUGGGCGGCGGCUCUGCAGCAAAAAAGGGACCAGGAUCCGGUUUGGACCCAACGGUUGGAAUCCUGGUUACACACAGUCAUCACAAUACACGAAUAUUCUGCCCGUGUGUUCAGGAGGCUCCACAGACCAAUUUUAUUGCGUGCGUCAGCGCCCUCCGGCCAUUUUCGGCUGGCGACGCCGCUGGGGAGGAAUCGUCCUCGUCAAAGCUCAGUUCCUACAUUAAGCGCUGGCGGCAAAACAGCCAGAGCGAACAACAUGCGCAUGCUCGAUUUCAACAAGAUGCGUAUGCUUUGAUGGCUGGCACGUUGUGUCAUGAGCCUCAAGUGCCUCCCCGCCUAAAGGCCCUAAUGGCCAGUGAAGCUAAGUUGGGGCGGAGCGGCAAUGGCUACUUGCUAGGAUUCAAUUCAGUUCACGUGUGGAAGCAGCUACAUGACUUGCAGGUGUUGACCUAUUGCAGAACGCGUUACCUUGGCAUGACAGUUCGACUACUUUAUAAAGAGUUCCUUGAACUCUACGCCGUGCUUUGCAUCCCAACUUCAGGCCAAACAGUGUCGGAUUUUGCGCUUUGCAGGAGAAUCGACUACCUUGAACGUCUCGUGCCCGCGGUUACCCGCGUGCAGCGCAUCUGGCGAACUGUACGGGAACGCGCCUUCGUGGCCGAUAUGCACUGGCUGUGCAUCCGAGUGCAGAGCCAUGUACGUCGCGUGCUCCUGAUACGUGAGCGAAAGAAACUCCAGCCUCUCAAGGAUCUUUUCUUUGGGGCCGUCAUUACCGCGGGUAUCGCGUAUUCCUUUCGGCGAUUAGGUCUUAGCGACGAGGUUGUCCACUCCAUCGAAAUGAAGUGGGCUCCCCUAUAUAUUCAACAGCAGUGCAACACUUCUCGGGCAUUGCGCUUGGUGAAUGGGUAUAGGAACAGGGAAGUUUACUGUCUGCGGUGGAGCGCAGCUGUGUGCAUUCAAUCUUGGUGGCGUUCGAUCAUGGCACAGAAGCAGGCGGCAAAGCUACGGCACGAGGCGUUCUUAGAGUACUGUUCCCUCCUUGUACAGAAUGCGUGGAGGUCUUACAAAGCCCAAGUUGUCAUUCUAGAAAAAAUCACCGAGGUGGUAAUCCCCAACAGGGCAGCUACAACUAUACAGCGGCAUUUCAGAGGGGUACAAAUGAAUACUUCAGUUGUUCGUAUUCAAAGCUUUUUCAGGAUGGCCAUUAUCCGGCAGCAAUAUGUACGCUUAAAGAAUGCAGCAUUGCUCUGCCAAGCUGGAGCUCUGAUGAGGCUUCGCAGGGGAGACUUCCUUCUAGCCAGGUGCAUGGUCGUGAAAAUCCAGCGCUGGUGGCGUUCGAUGCUUUUACUACGAGAAUUGGAUGUAGAUCUGGCGCUGCCUCUCCCCAUCCAGAUGCCAAAGAAAGCCGACUCUGUCAUCAAACGGCGCGAGCGUGUUGCUUUUGAGCUGCUGCGCCCUCACCUACUUAGGGUUCAAGGUGUGUUCAGGGUCGAACGAAUGCGCCAGGAGACUCACUAUGCGUACCCAAUCAGCUUGAAUGCAAAUUGCGAUUGCCGUGGUAUCUAUCCUCGCACGUGGGCACAGCCACUUCAGGACCUCUUAGUGCAAUUAGCCACGGCCACAAGUCAGCAGGCGAACGGCUACAUGGCGGAGGCUACGCAAACGGUGCCAGUUAUGUUUCAAGAUCUGGCAAUCGGCGGCCAUCACAGUUUGGUACUUCUCUCGGUGAGACGACCGGCCUUUGAAAACUUCGCUACCCGCGUCAGGGCAGUCGUCAAGGGUGGAAGUUGGCAGGAUUUUAACCUCGUCCCGAGCGUAUACGCAUGGGGUUGGGGGGACCGAGGACAACUUGGGGAACGGCAAGUUCCACGAGAACAGGGGAUGACUUGCGUGGGCCCCCUGAAGUUUGUAGACCGAGUUUUUAAAGAUACAGUGGACUUGAAAACCGGCCAUCUCGUGCAGCAACUUGUCCAGGAGGUUGAUUAUACGCACAAAAUAUGCGCAGUAGUAGCAGGCCUAGACCACUCGGUCGCUCUCACUAGUGAGGGCAUGGCUUUUGCUUGGGGGGACAACUCAGAAGGACAAUGCGGCUUGGGCCACAGGCUAAUGUGCGUUCGGCACCCAACUCUGAUUCCUACAAUCCGUAACAAUGGCAUCAGACUGAGAAGCAUCGCUGCGGGACCCCGACAAACAGGAGCGGUAUGUUCUGACGGAAAAGCCUUGAUGUGGGGUGCUGCCCACUUCGUUCGUCUGCCCACGAUAAUCCCGGAUUCGCAUUCUUACACUCCGAGAGAGAUCUGUUGUUCUGCUGGAUUCAACGUGAUGAGGACAGCAGGCAGCAGUGGCGUUUUUGCAUGGGGGUGCAACGACAGUGGCCAACUCGGCCAAGGAAUCGAAGACAAAAAGUCAAGAGACCUCCCAACUUUUGUGCCUAUUCCACCAACUCCAGGUCACCGUCACGUAGUCUCGAAGGUUGCACUUGGGGCACGGUUUGUUGUAGUAUCUCUGCAGCAGUCAUCGCCUUUUCUGUACACGUGGGGAGCACUUAGUGUCGUAGAACCCUCCCAGAAGGCUUCAAGGCCUUCCGCGGCUGCAGCAGAAGGCAAAAGUGCAUCAGCUGCAGCGGAACAGAGAGCUGUUGCAAACCCAUUUCUGAAGUUCGCGGGUUUCAAAGUGCAGCAACCACAACAGAGCAAACAAACUUUACCUAACAUUAGGACGGACAGGGUGAAAGCUAUUUGUAAACCGACUCGUGUUUUCCACUCUCUGUGGAAGGGCGACGCUGUAAUAGACAUAGGAGUCACAGGAACAGACGUACUGGUCCUGUUCGAAUCCAGGAUCAUUCAUGGCUACUCUGUCUUGGAGGUCCUUUAUUCGAAGAAGCCUGCAGCCCCUGUCUCCGCUGCAGAAGAGCGUGUAGCCGUUCAGUCUUUCUUCUUUAAGAAGCCACCAGACCAACCAAAACCACAGGAAACACCCACAGAAAAAGCCAUAUCGUGCGAAUUAGAACGCUUAAGGGGAGAGUUCACAUUGGAACCUGGCGUUUACAGCUUGCGGCAUCUCAGGCCUUUAAGAAUGGUUAUACGGUCACUACACACAACCGGAAACGCAGUCUCGUUGUCAUUCAGCUGGGCGAAAGCAGUCAGGCCAACGAGGCAAAUGCUUGACAAUAUCGUCAGCGCUAGAGAGUCCAAGCUCUUGAGAAAGUACAGAACAGCAACGGGAGAUCCAAUAGAACAACCGAAGAGCGUUAUGGAACGAGACCAAAACAAAUACCGCGAGACUCUGGAAAUGAAUUCCCGUAUCCUUGGCAGCGCGACUCUCUCAAGAGAGAACCAGUCCCGCCUAAGUGCAAAGCAGGCCGCCGAGACUUUAGUGCCCGACUCCUCGCUGAUGCAGCGGAUCCGCCCCACCUACAGCCUUCACAGCGCCUGCAAUAAGAACAACUCUACCGAUUCUGGCGAUGAAAUCAAUACGCUUCAAGACUAA